CCCCCUUGCUUACGCUGUGCACCCAGGUGUUCGAUUCUGGGGUGUACGGAGAAAAAAGGGGGAAGAGUUCCCCCUCGCUAUGUCUAAAGCAUUUGACUAUGGACAUUCCUGAGUGUCCCAUGCUUUUAUUAGAAAAAGACCUGUUGGAGACUUUGAUUUCCCCUACUGUUCUCCAGGACUGUAAAGAAAAGCAGGCUGCUCUCUGCCUUCGCCAUGCCCACCUUGCUGAGGAAGGCUUUGCAGCCACUGCCGGCUGAAUCCUCCCAGCUGCCUUGGUCACAGCCCAAGCCUGGGAACUCUGCUUACAGCCACCUGCCCCCGCAGGUAGCAACUGACUGAAGCGAGGAGGGGCUGGGAGAUGCUGGAGCCCAAUUCCAAACAGCCUUCCCGAGCUGCUUGCAAGUUUCACAGAGAACAACUGCCCCCAGCUCCCAGACCACAGCUGUGGGAAGCUUGGGGUACUGCAAUGCCCAAGCAGAGUCGGUUUUGGUGGCGUGUGCCGGUAGGAUUUGCUGAAGAAGACAGGGCAGCAAUGGUGAGUGACCCGAGCUCUGUGAUGUGAAGAGGAAACACAGGUCUAGGGACAUCACAUCUUCGUGCUCAGCGGUGCCAUCUCAGAACAGAAAACUAAAGAGCCUGCAACUGGGUACCAACAGAGAAGGAAGUUUCUAUGUGUGCUACGUACAAGCCAGAACGUUAAAACCAGGUGUUCUUUCUUCCUGUUCUGCGGAUGGAGACACACACUCAGAGGAAGGAUGCCUUGACUGGGGGUGGAAUGGGGAGGAGGCAGGGGAGUGAUCAGGUGCAGCUGACACAGUCUGUCCUCCCAGGGUCAGUAUCUGCUUCCUCAUCGGUGACAGCAGAAAGGAACAGGGCCCGCAUGGGUGUUGCGAGGGGAUUCUCAGGGGACUCAUAUGACUUCUGUCCUCUGCAGGGCUCAGAGAUGGUGCACAGGCUGGUAUGCCUGUCUCCUGGAUUUCAAGAUUUGAGACCCAGAAAUCUCCCAUGGCUCCUUAUCACAUCCGCCAGUACCAGGACAGCGACCAUAAAAGUGUCCUGGGUGUGUUUAUAAGGGGCAUGAAGAGCACAUCCCACCACCUCCUGCCCAGGACCAUCCUGCUCUUACUUGGGGUGCCGCUUGCUGUGGUCCUGGUAUCUGGCUCCUGGCUGCUAGCUGCUAUGAGCAUCUUGUUUGUGCUCCUUCUGCUGAAACUCCUUGCCAGACAGCCCUGGAAGGAGUAUGUAGCCAAGUGUUUGCACACAGACAUGGCUGACAUCACCAAGUCCUACCUGAAUGCCUGUGGCUCUUUCUGGGUUGCUGAGUCUGCAGGAAAGGUGGUGGGCAUCGUGGGCUGUCUGCCAGUCAAGGAUCCCCCAUUAGGGAGGAAGCAGCUGCAGCUCUUUCACCUAUCUGUGUCGCCACAGCACCGUGGACAGGGGAUAGCUAAAGUACUGGUCAGAAUUGUCCUCCAGUUUGCACGGGGCCAGGGUUACAGUGAUGUCGUCCUUGGGACCACCGUCCUGCAGAAAGGCGCUAUGGCCCUCUACCUGAGCAUGGGAUUCAGGAGGACAGGACAGUACUUCUUCGGUAUGUUCUGGAAGUUAGUUGAUAAUCCAACAAUUCACUUAACAUAUUCCCUCCCUUCUGCCUAGUAAGUGGAACUGGAACCCUAGCUCCUUUGCAGCAAACAGGCCCUGCUUCAUGUUCUAGGAACCAGUGAACCCUGUCAUGUCAGUGUAAUGAACAAUAAAAGCUCCUUGAUGGUGCACACCAGAUUCUAGUGCAUGUGAUUGCUGUACUGGGGGUUUUGAGGUUCUGCUGCAUUUUUGGUUUCUGCGGUGUGUUGUGGGAGCUGCAGGCCUCUUCCCACAGCCCGGCUCCUGGCUGCUUGGCUAGCUUAUACCCCGA